CUUCCUCUUCCUCUGAUCGCCCAAAUUAAAACAUCUCUCUUCUCCAAAACUCUCUCCUUCCACUGAUCACGCUACAAAAAUAAAAAAAACCAUGAAGGUCAAUGGGUCUUCUUCUAGCCUCAGACCCAACAUCACAGAGCUUGAUAUCGAGUCACACUCACAUCUCUCAAACCUUACAGCAAGCCAAGAGAUUGAGAACCUCAAGAGGAUGAACCACGUCCUCACAAAAACAGUGGCCAGCCUGGAGGAAGACAACAAAACUUUCAGAGAAAAGGAGCUCAGGGAUCGCGAAACCGAAAUAAAUGAGUGGGUGGGAGAAAUGCAGAAGACAACAGACAGAGAUUUCUUCAGAGAGAAGAAGCUCUUGGAGUUGGAGUUUGAGAAGAAGAGAGAAAGGGAUGAGGUUGUUGAGUGGAAGAAUAGGUAUUGUGAGCUUGAAGCUCGGGUGUCGAAGCUUAUAGAUGAGACCGUUGCAGAGUUUGAGAGGAAAGAGAGGGAGGUCCAAGAAAUGAUUGCGGAGGUUGAGGAGGAGAACAGGGAGCUCAAGGCUCGGGCUUUACGGGUUUCUGACGAGAGGUGUACCCUCGGGGGGAAAAGGUACGAGGAGGGAAAUUUUCAUGUCAAGGAGAAAGAAAAGGAGCACAUUGAGAUUGAUGAUGAUGAUGAUGAUGAGAUUCCUCCUAGGCAUUCUACAAAGAAGAGACUUGCAGAGGGUUCUCAUUCUUCAAAAGAAUGCUCUGUUUCCCCGAAACCGACUGAAUUUAAGAGAAACGGUUGGAAAGGAGCCUCUUUCAGAGGGGAACAUGUGCAAACUCCAUUAGGGUCAGUAACCAAAGAGCAAGAGUUCAGUAAAGGGACCCCUAUCCAAAUCUUCAAUUUUCAUGUCAAGGAGAAAGAAAAGGAGCACAUUGGGAUUGAUGAUGAUGAUGAUGAUGAUGAGAUUCCUCCUAGGCAUUCUACAAAGAAGAGACUUGCAGAGGGUUCUCAUUCUUCAAAAGAAUGCUUUGUUUCCCCGAAACCGACUGAAUUUAAGAGAAACGGUUGGAAAAGAGCCUCUUUCGGAGGGGAACCUGUGCAAACUCCAUUAGGGUCAGUAACCAAAGAGCAAGAGGUCAGUAAAGGGACCCCUAUCCAAAUUUUCAAUUUUCAUGUCAAGGAGAAAGAAAAGGAGCACAUUGAGAUUGAUGAUGAUGAUGAUGAUGAUGAUGAGAUUCCUCCUAGGCAUUCUACAAAGAAGAGACUUGCAGAGGGUUCUCAUUCUUCAAAAGAAUGCUUUGUUUCCCCGAAACCGACUGAAUUUAAGAGAAACGGUUGGAAAAGAGCCUCUUUUGGAGGGGAACAUGUGCAAACUCCAUUAGGGUCAGUAACCAAAGAGCAAGAGGAUGCUGGUAGAGGAAUUCGAGGUUGCAGGAAAAGCGCCUUGGAUCGUCGUUCUAUGAGGUCCUUUGAUAAACAAAAAUAUUGGGUAUAUACUGGACGAACUCCAACUACUGAACAACAUAUACAUGCAGAGAAGAGAGCACAAAUAUUCCAGAAAAGUUUGAGGUCUCACAACCCCUCAUUCAUUAGAUCAAUGGUCCCUUCACAUGUCUCCGGUCGUUUUUGGUUUUGUCUUCCUUCAAAGUUCUGCAAGGAGAACCUUCCCGCUCAUGAUCUGAAAAUGAUAUUAGAAGACGAGAGGGGUUCGGAGUAUAAGGUCAAAUAUAUUGGUCGUAGAGCUGCUAUUGAUGGUGGGUGGAAACGGUUUGUGUUGGCUCAUAAAUUGGAAUUGGACGACGUUUUGGUAUUUGAAUUACAGAAGCCAACAAGAUUCAAGGUGUAUAUCAUAAAAGCAAUUCCAUGGGAACUGUGUGAAGAUUCUGAUCUCAAGAUUGCUAAUGGACGUACUAAUUAAUGCUGGAAAUUAAGUUUUUGAUCUAUGGACAUUCAAGAAAUCUCCAAAAGCCUAGCUAGAAGCAAAGAAAGCAUAGAUGUAUGCUGCGCGUCAUCUAUGCUUAAUGUCUAUGGUUGCUGUUGGAUAGCUGCGUAAAAUGUAUGUGCUCGCAAAGACGAAGUUUCCAUAAUAUCAUUUUGAUAUAAGGGAGUUAAUAUCCACUGAAUGGCAGUCGUUUGCUGUUUUCGUCAAUUCAUAUAGUUAGGCCCAUCCCUCUUUUGUUAGCAGAGGGAGGGAGGCACUGAGUUAUUCAAGGAAUUAA